AUGGAAACGGAAAGAGAAAGGAAAGCUAGACUCAAUAACACAUUCAAAAAAAAAGAAAGAAAAAGUAAAGAGACCAUCAGAUUGAAUGAUGAAUUUAGAGAAAAGGAAAAACACAAAGAAAAACACAGCAAAAAGAGGGCAAGACUUGAUGAUGAGUUCAGAGAAAAGGAAAGAACCAAAGAAAAAGAAAGCAAAAAGAAAGCUAGACUGGAUGAGGAGUUCAGAGGAAAUGAAAGACCAAAAGAAAAACAAAGCAAAAAGAGGGCCAGACUUGAUGAUGAGUUCAGAGGAAAUGAAAGACCAAAAGAAAAAGAAAGCAAAAAGAGGGCCAGACUUGAUGAUGAAUUUAGACAAAAUGAAAGACCAAAAGAAAAAGAAAGCAAAAAGAGGGCAAGACUGGAUAAUGAGUUCAGAGAAAAGGAAAGACCAAAAGAAAAAGAAAGCAAAAAAGGGCAAGACUGGAUGAUGAGUUUAGACAAAAUGAAAGACCAAAAGAAAAAGAAAGCAAAAGGAGGGCAAGACUGA